ACGUUUUUUGGCUUCUACUUGGAUCACCCGCAACAUCAAGCGAGCUCAGCCGUAACAGGCUUACAAGAACAGUACAGCUGUAAAUGCAGCAGUGACUAUCCUGAAAAACCUGAGCGGCUGUUUGAUAAUACAUGUCAUAAAAGGAAAGGUAAACAAUAAUUGUUAGAAAAAAAAGUUCAUACGGAAAUCUUGACAUGUUGGUUAGGUGUUUGGAUCGCGUUUUUCAGCACGACUAAUUUAACUGAUUUCUAUGAUUUUUUGUAUCCUUCAUAAAGAGUGCUGAAUCUUUGCACCUCAGAGCUCUCUAGUUUUAUAUCUGCAAGUUUGAAGUCAAUCUCGCUCAACAAUGCUGGUCAAAUUUAACCUUAAGAUAAUGCGCUACGCAAUUGACAGCACUGAUUUGUAUUUGCUGAAGUUAGGGAAAAAUCUGUCGUAUGAUUUCGAAAUUGUUUACAUUUUUCGUAAAAAUGCGGUUUUAAAUAUAUGCCGAUAUCUCAAACGUUUUUAUAGCUACCAGAAAAACAAAACAUUUUCUUAAAGAUCCACCAUUCUUUAUUAAGGAUGCCAAAAAUCAUAGAAAUCGGUUAAAUUGUUCUUCCUGAAAAACACGAUUCAAAAACAUAACCAACACGCAAAUAAAUAGGGCCGGGCCACCUUAAUGCAGCCAACUGAAUGAUUUUGUUGUAGAGAUGGCUCUGUGGUCUGAAGAUGAAUGCAGGGACUUUGAGAGUGGU